UAAUAUGAAGCUCUCGCGUGUUGCAGUUGUCGGCCUUCUUUUCGUCGCCGCCCGUCACGCCCAAGCCCAAGCCCAACCCACGAGCUCGUCGACCAGCAACACCCUCGACACAUUGCCUGACACUGCGUCUUUGUACGAGACGUCCGGCUCGUCGGAUGCCACGCCGGCCCCGGUGCUUGAAGUCAUCCAGGCAGCGCAGCAUAUCAUCGCAAAGCUCCGCACUCGGUGCAAUCCAAAGCAGAGCGCGAGCUUGAAGCGCCCGUCGGUCGCUGCUGCCGUUGCGUCGGCUGCCGACUCGGCGGCGGGCUCGGGUGCCGAUGCCGUCACCAGUGCUCCUAUCGCGGACGUCAUCGAUGCCGCCCAAGAUGCCGGUGCCUCGCCGGCCCAGGCUGCUGCUGUGGCCGAUGCCGCGUCGUCGGGCGUCACGGGCAGCGACCUUGUUGCCGUCGCCUUGGCGGUCGGUGUCAACCCGUCGGAUGCCGUGAGCGUCGCCAGUGCUGCGAGCAGUGCGGCGGGUACGCCUGCGCCGAUCAUCGAGAUCAUCCAGGCUGCGCUCGACUCGGGUGCAAGCCUUGGCCAGGCCGCUGCCAUCGCGGUUGCCAUCAACUCGGGUGGCUCGCCUGCCGAGGUGCAGAUCGCGGCUAUCGAGGCCGGUGCUCCGCUCUCGGUUGCGUCGGCCAUCGCUUCGGCUGUGUCGUCGUUCACGCAGUCGACGGCGGGUUCGUCGGAUGCCACGCCGGCCCCGGUGCUUGAAGUCAUCCAGGCGGCGAUUGAAGCCGGUGCCACGCCUCAGCAGGCCGCUGUCAUCGCCGUCGCGGCCGACACCGGUGCUAGUGCGCUGGGCAUUGUCCAGACGGCGCUGGCGGUUGGCGUACCUUCGUCGAUUGCAAACGCAGUUGCUGCUGCGGCAAACGUGGCGGCGGGAUCGAAUGCGGAUGCUGUCACCAGUGCUCCGAUUGUCGAUGUCGUUGCCGCUGCCGAAGACGCUGGUGCUACCUCAUCCCAAGCAGCCGUUGUGGCCGAUGCUGCGUCGUCGGGUGUCACGGGGACUGAUCUUGUGAAUGUCGCGCUUGACGCCGGCGUCUCUCCGGCCCUGGCAGGCACAGUUGCUACUGCUGUGGCAGAAGCAGCUGCGACCCCGGCACCCAUCGCUGUCGUCAUCCAAACCGCAUUGGAUUCGGGUGCAAGCUUGAACCAAGCUGCCAUCAUUGCUACGGCAGUGGAAUCCGGUGCCAGCCAAGCAGGCAUUCUCAGUGCGGCGCUUGCGGCGGGCGUCGCCCCCAAAGAUGCCAUUGCCAUCGCUUCGGCGGUCGCGUCAAGCAACGGCUCUGGUACGGGUUCGCUUGCCGCCCAAACGAAGACCGCGUUCAACGCCGCUGAAGGUACGGGCGCUAGCCCCGAGCAAGCUGCGGUGCUCGCAGUCGCGAUCCAAACCGGUGCGACCGAGACCGAGAUUGCCGACAUUGUCAAGAACAACGGCGUCGGAUCUUUGAAGGCGGACAUCAUCGCUUCGACGCUGAGUGCGCUGAGCCCUGGCAGCGCAGCCGACAUUAUCAAGGUCAACGAGCCCGAAAAGAUCAUCUCGAACAGUGAGGACGCCGGGAUCCCACCGGGGGUCGCCGCGGAGAUCGCUGUUGCCGCCGGCGAGGGCGAGUCGACGAAGCAGGUCGAGAAGCUAGGCGCCGAAGCCGGUAUCUCGGCCCAGACCGUGUCCAACAUUUUCGCGGGCAUUACCACGGGGUCACAGAAAUCGGAGCCGGAACCGGCUACCGAUCUCAACACGUUGCCAGCGUACAACUUUACACCGGCACCGACGGCCGUGGGCACCGAAGGCGAGACACCAUCCACAAUCGGUGGUGUGUUCCAAAACAUCGUCGACUACUUGACGUCGGCGCCCGCGACACCGAGCUUGCGAUCGCGUCCGCAGUGCGCGCCGACGGCGUAA